ACCCCCCUAUGAAGUAUGAAGACCGCCCACCACAGGCAUCCAACUCGAGACCCCAUAUAGAUUUAAAAAGCGAGACGGAUUCCGUGUGUAUGACAGUCACUGAGUGCAAAGCAUCGGGAGAACAUCUGUCCGUCUGUAGUCCGUCUGUCUCCAAAGCGCGUCUCCACUUUUUCUGAGGAUGCUACAGUUACCGCAGCUCCGCCAGGGCGUCAUCGCGCUUCUCAUAUGGUUCGCGCACUUGAUGGAACAGCAGAAAGUACAAGCUGGCAACUGCUGGCUUCAGCAGGGCAAAAACGGGAGAUGCCAGGUUCUGUACAUGUCUGGGAUGAGUCGGGAAGACUGUUGUAGGAGUGGGCGUCUGGGCACAGCAUGGACCGAGGAGGAUGUACCCAAUAACACACUCUUCCGGUGGCUGAUCUUCAAUGGCGGUGCACCGAACUGCAUACCUUGUAAAGAGACUUGUGAUAAUGUGGACUGUGGUCCUGGAAAGCGGUGCAAAAUGAACAAGCGGAAUAAGCCCCGCUGCGUAUGUGCCCCAGACUGCUCCAAUGUCACCUUUAAAGGGCCUGUGUGCGGCUCCGAUGGGAAAACGUACCGGAACGAGUGUGCCCUCCUUAGGGCCAAGUGCAAGAGACAUCCUGACCUGACUGCACAGUACCAGGGAAAAUGCAAAAAGUCAUGUUAUGACGUGCGCUGUCCUGGAAGCUCAACAUGUGUCCUGGACCAGACCAACAACGCCUAUUGCGUGACCUGCAACCGGUUUUGCCCUGAGGUGACCUCCCCGGAUCAGUACCUGUGCGGGAACGACGGGAUCGUGUACGCCAGCGCCUGCCACAUCCGAAGGGCAACGUGCAUCAUGGGACGGUCAAUUGGAGUGGCCUACGAGGGGAAAUGCAUAGACGCCAGGUCUUGCGAAGACAUCAACUGCCGGGAGGAACGAAAGUGUCUGUGGGACAAGCGGACGGGACGGGGACGAUGCGUGGUAUGCGAGGACACCUGUCCCGAGAGUCGUCCGGGCGACAGCGUCUGCGCCAGCGACAACGCUACCUACCCGAGCGAGUGCGCCAUGAGGCAGGCUGCCUGCUCUUUGGGUCUUGUCCUGGAAGUCAAACACUCGGGAUCCUGCAACUCGCUCUCCGAAGAGACGGAUGAAGAGGAGGACGAUGAAGAUUACACGGAUUAUAGCCAUGUAUCUCUGUUACUGACUGGAUAAACCACCGUCGACAGCAGGACUCCAUUUAAGCACAGAGUCGUGUUCAUAUUGUACAUACGUGUACUCUUAUUUAUUUUCCACAGGCACGUGGAAGAUGCUUAUUGAUCUAGAUGUUUAUUUAUACAUUUUUUUUGUCUUUAUUUAUACAUUUAUAGUCUGAAUAAAUGAUCUCCUUCGUCUUUGCUUUGUCGUCUUUAAAAGAAUAUUAUUUAUUAUAACGUGCAAUGUUACUCUCUGUAAGAUAAAUGUGUUUUGAAAAGUGGUCAUAUUGUGAAACAAAGCUUAAAGUUUUUGUCAUCUCCCCAAAUGAAAUCUGCAGUAAAACAUGCAUGUGUUUUAUUUAUUUGCAAUCUAAUGUUCACUAAUAUCAAUAGCUGUUCAAAAACAGCUUUGUCAGUAAAAACUAUGUCUGAUUUGUUUUCAGUUUGACACCAAAAAAAUGGUUUGAUUAUACAGAAAUCAUGUUGAUUUUAAGUCAAAAUAUACCUUUUUGCUAACAUUUUUCUGUUUUUGUGUGGGUGCUCAGAGGAAUCUAGUUUAUCAUAUAUUGUAUAAAAUUAACAAUAUCAAAUUUAGCAUUGUUUUCUUGCCAUAUAUUGUUUGUCUUUUUAUUUUAGAGAUCAAGCUAUAGUUUUGUAUUUGUAUGUAAAUGUUUCAUGUGUAUAAAGUUAAUGAUGCCAUUUGUAAAGAUGCAAUAUAAAAAGUAAAA